UGAGAAGUCAUAUAAAGCCUGUCGGUCUAUCUGAACCAAAGCGGAAGUACUUCGUUGGUCCGCGAGGCCAAGAUCAACGCUAGGUGAACGGCAAGAUGGCUCACAGGCUCCUAGCACGUAGAAUUUGGACGCUGUCUGCAAAAGAAAUCCGCUGCGUCCUACCAUCCUCUGCCACCACAGCCUCCUCGUCUUUUUCCACCUCCCUGCACUCCGCCACAACCCGGGACUCCUUCCUCUCUCCCUCGCGCACUCUGCCUCGCUCCCUUCCUCACACCUCCCGCCGGGAAGUCUCCUUCAAUGUUCAGGACCACGAGGACUUCACAGAGAGGGUCAUUAACAGCCAGCUGCCCGUGCUGAUUGACUUCCAUGCACAGUGGUGUGGUCCCUGUAAGAUCCUUGGGCCGAGGUUGGAGAAGGCUGUUGCAAAACAGAAAGGCCGUGUUGCCAUGGCAAAAGUUGACAUAGACGAUCACACAGACCUGGCUAUCGAAUACGGGGUGUCUGCCGUUCCGACAGUAAUCGCCAUGCGAGGAGGUGACGUCGUGGACCAUUUUGUGGGCAUCAAAGAUGAUGAUGAGCUGGACUCAUUUGUCAGCAAGAUCAUUGGACAAUAAAACCAACUGUCCCCGCCCUGCCAUUCACCACUGUUACGGUGCUGUUUUGUAUGAUUCUGGCAUGGUCGGCAGCCCGUAGCCACCAUUGUGAGCCUGUUUUAGCAACAGUCAACAAAUCAACAAACCGUGGCACGGUCCCAGAUGGCAGACUCUCAAACUGCUCACACACCCAUCCCAAGACACACUGCUUCAUUACUGCAUCUGUUUCUGUGUCUCCAGCUGUUUCUUUUGUCUAGUGAUGGGUGUGUGCCUCUGUAAACCUUUUAGUUCAUGCCAAGCUCCAUUUUGCAGCAGUUCAGUUUCUCUUUUAUAAUGUGACGGCUCCAUGGUUCUUUUCUCACUACUAGUGCAGCCGAGCCGGUGUGUAACCGUUUGCUGUAAAAGUCUGUAGAAUGGGAAAUACACCGCUGUACUGCACUUACACUUUAUAACAUGGGGGAGGAACAAGUCUAGUUUUAGUGGUGGAGAGGAUUUAACUUAAAACCUGACCAUGUUGAAUGAGGUUUUUGACAGUGUUACCUGUAGUUCCUGCUUUUGUCCACGUGAUGGUGGCAUUUCUCUAACAGCGCAAAGCCACACAUGGUCAUUUCACACCAUUAUGCCUAAUAAUGUGAGUAAGGAAGACGUGCGUUUCUUUGUGUGUGUGUGUGUGUGUGUGUGUCUCUGGUUCCUGACUGUGAAACGUAAGUCAAGCAAGAGUUGAAAAUAUGAGUUUGAUUUAGUUUAUUACUAAAAUGAACUCUCUGUACCGGAAACAUGACCAAGUGAAGUAAUAAAGGAGUCA